AGAGGUUUUUAACUGUUAAAAACUGCUACAGGCAUAGAGCAGAAUUCCAUUGACAGUUCAGUGCAGCGUUGUGUGUUUCUCAUUUUAAUUAAAUUUGUUUGUUUAUUUUUCCUUUAAUUAAUUUCAUCCGAUUAUCGGAUGCUCUUGUUAUUUGGAUAUACCGAUACUACUAUACCAACCCCUGUCCGAAACGCGUUUGCGACGUUUAUGUUUAUUUGCAUAUCGUCCAAUAUUUAAAGUCAAUUUGUAUUCAGAAAGUGUGUUGAGCGCGAUGUGCUCAAUAGGAGAAAGUGAUGAGAUUAGUGUACGUUGCCAGUGAAAUAAGCGAAUAAAAAUAUGUUUUCGAAGAAGAAAAAGAAGCCACAAAUUUCGUCGCCCAGUAAUUUCGAACAUCGCGUUCACACUGGCUUCGAUAAACGGGAAGGCAGAUACGUAGGACUACCGCUGCAAUGGGCAUCGAUUGUCGGCAACAAUCAAAUACUUAAAUCAACCAAUCGACCAUUACCGUUCGUUGAUCCAUCCGAAAUUACUCCAACCGAAAUACUCGACUUGAAAACAAUCGUACGCCCCCAUUUGAACAACAACAAACUGCAAGACGAUCAACAGCCGAAUGGAAUCGUCCUACCGAAAACAUCUCAUGUGGCUAGAUCCAAUUCACUUCGCAGUUCCAGUCCACCUCGGAUGCGUCGUGAUAUUAGAGGAAAUGCCAAUGUUCCACCUUCUCUGGUUGAAAUGCCGGAAGAACAGUCCCAGUUAGUACAAUAUCCCAGCAUGAGACGAGGUGAUGGCAGUAAUUUUUCAUCGAAACCACAACCCCAGCAACCGAAUCAUCAAGAAUGGAAUCGUCAACAGCCAGCCAUGGCCGGUGUUCACGGAACCGGGCCACCAACCGGAUCGUUACAUAGUUUUUCCGAUAAUCAGCCGACAUACCAAAACAAUACGACCGGUACCAAUGGCAACACUCUUAGCCCUAUCAAUGUACAUACAGACAUACCGGCACCAUAUUUACGGCCUCAGCAAACAUCACCAGCUGGUUCCGUUGGUAGCAAUCACCGGCCGCCAUAUGCCCAGCAUCCGCAUCACUUCCCUCAUCAUGGACAACAGCCACUUCCACAGCAUUUACAGCCACAGCAGCAAUUCAACCAAAAUCCGCAACAUCAACAACCUCAGAUCAAUCGUCCACCAUUGCCUACAACCAGUUCAACGGAUCAGAAUCUAAACCCACAACAGUCGACGCAUGUUCAUCAGCAACAUGUCGCUAAUUCACGUGCAUCUAGUUCCAGUGGUGGUAAUGCAUCGACGACGGUUCAGAGUACUGGUGGCGGAAGUAUUAGUGGAACGACUGGGCCAAGUCCGAGUGGCGUGAAACAGGAACAACGAUUGACACACGAACAGUUCCGAGCAGCGUUACAGAUGGUUGUAUCAGCUGGAGAUCCACGAGAGAAUUUGGAAAAUUUUAUGAAAAUUGGAGAAGGAUCCACUGGAACGGUAUGCAUUGCAACGGAUCGAUCAACUGGUCGACAGGUUGCUGUUAAAAAGAUGGAUCUGCGUAAGCAGCAACGCCGUGAAUUGUUAUUCAACGAAGUGGUGAUCAUGAGGGACUAUCACCAUCCGAAUAUUGUCGAAACAUAUAGCAGCUUUCUGGUUAAUGACGAGUUGUGGGUUGUUAUGGAGUAUUUGGAGGGUGGUGCAUUGACUGAUAUCGUGACACAUUCUCGUAUGGAUGAAGAACAAAUCGCCACCGUAUGCAAGCAAUGCUUGAAGGCUUUAGCAUACUUACACUCUCAAGGUGUCAUACAUAGAGACAUAAAAUCUGAUUCAAUAUUACUAGCCACUGAUGGUCGGGUGAAACUUUCGGACUUUGGAUUUUGUGCUCAAGUAUCGCAAGAGCUACCCAAACGUAAGUCACUCGUCGGAACGCCGUACUGGAUGAGCCCAGAGGUGAUAUCUCGAUUGCCGUACGGUCCCGAAGUGGACAUCUGGUCGCUAGGUAUCAUGGUAAUUGAAAUGGUCGACGGAGAGCCGCCGUUCUUCAACGAACCACCACUGCAAGCGAUGCGACGCAUCCGUGACACGAAGCCACCGAAUCUGAAGAAUGUGCACAAAGUGUCGCCGCGGUUGCAAGGAUUUCUGGAUCGCAUGCUCGUUCGUGAUCCGGCUCAACGUGCUACAGCUGCCGAACUGUUGUCACAUCCGUUCCUGCGACAAGCCGGACCGCCAUCACUACUUGUACCGUUGAUGCGAGGCGCACGCCACAGCAAUUGCUAGAGAUUUGUUUUUAAAAAAAAUUGUCUGGUCGAAUUUUAGCAUCGUACGAGAUGUGAGUUCACCGAGACGAAUUGUUUUUUUUUCGAAAGUUUAAUUGGUAUAUUGUGAAGAAAGAGCCCUACUGGAAAAUUGUUUAAUGAACAUGAUAUGAUGUGUGUAGUGUAUGUACAACGUUUUACCAAUAUUUUGAACUUUCAAAUGAAUUUUGAACAACAAAAGUUCGAUAAAUUUUUUAUUUUUAUAAAUUAUCGGCAGCUGAAUCUCUUCGGGUUGGCCGACUUAAUUACUGAACAAUGAUCAACCAAAUUGAGUUGGUUGGAAUUUCGAAAAAGCGGCAAAUUAUUCCAAAAGUCAGCCCAGUUUCUUUAUUGGGAUCGAUCCCGAUUCCUACAUUUGAACGACAAUUUUUCGAUAUACAAAAUUGAGCCCAAUCUCGACACGAUUUUACAUAACGCUUGCAGAGAGGGAAUAAAAUGUUUUUUUUUUUAAGAUUUUGUUGAAGCAGAGAGGGUACAAUCUUCUCCGUCCAUUAUAACAAGUUCAUGUGCCUUUGUACACCCCGAAUUGUAAUACUGAAGAUUUAACAUAUUUCAAUGAGAUAUAUUUUAUGAAAAAUAAUCCUGGAAAGGAGUUGACAUGUAACAUUAAUUCUCCACUAUUACUCAUGGAACAUCUAUUUCUAUUUUGUUUUAAUUUACGUUUCUGUUAAAUGUUUUUGCAUUAAGAUAUAGGAGUUGUUGAUUGUGUCCAGUUAAUAAUUUUGAUCGGUUUUAUGUCAAAGUACGAACGUUAUUGCGGUUUUUUUAAAUUUAACAUAUAA